UGCACAAGUAGCCGUCAACGGUGGAGCUCUUCAUCACUCACUGGCAGUUAGCAAAGCAGCAGAACAACAGCCAACAUGCCAGCUGAUCUGAACGGAUAUUGGAAAAUGAUUUCCAGUGAUAACUUCGAGGAGUACUUGAAGGCUCUUGAUGUAAAUGUUGCCAUCAGAAAAAUCGCCACCUUGUUGAAGCCCGACAAGGACAUCGUCCACAAUGGGGACCACAUCAACAUCAAGACCCUCAGCACCUUCAAAAACUACAACAUGGACUUCGAUGUGGGCAAAGAGUUUGAGGAGGAUCUUUCUGGAGUGGAUGACAGGAAAUGCUUGACCACCAUCAGCUGGGAGGGAGACAAGCUGGUGUGUGUGCAGAAGGGAGAGAUUGAAGGAAGAGGCUGGACCCACUGGGUGGACGGAGAUGAGCUUCAUCUGCCAAGUGAACGACUAUUUCUGCAUAAGGAACUUUCUCUAAAGGUACUGUUCUCAGGGGAAAUACAGACUUAUAUAUUUAAGUUUUCAAGCGUCUGAGACCCACAGUGGUCCAGCUCAUAGCACUGCCAUGUUAUAAUCUUGACUUUUCCAAUCUAAUUUCUGUUAGAAGAACUUCAAUAACGUCUAGUUAAUCUCCUCUGUGAAGUUCACAGUGUGGCCCACUGUUGCCUGAAAUGAAACCAUUAACAUCUGAAAAGACUUUAAAGUAAUGACGAGCACAUUACCAUUUUCAUUAGCUCAGCAUUAUCAGAUUUCCCUCUGUGUGAUUACUGCUAUCAAAGCUAAGCAGAUAUAAUAUGCCAAAUGAUUUGGUUCAAAUGAGGCCAACAGAUGUUUUCAAUCAGCAGCUGUGAAAUUAGUUAUUGGUUGGAAGUCUCUGCAGCUGAAAGAGGGUUUGCAUGUGAAGCAACAGGGGCCUCUGGUGGCAAAACAUACUUUGCAAGGUAGAUGCUGGAAGAUAUUCAAUCAAAAUAUUGCGCAUUUAAUGUCUCCAUGGAUUAUUUACUAAUAAUUUACCCGUCCUCAGCCUCUUGCACCCAUAGUUACUGUUUCUAAAUCUGGGAGUGUAGGCUCAGGUUUAAGGGAGACGGCAGGGAUAAGCUUCUGUCAUCCUCCUGGUUAUUCCCAUUAGUCAAACUUACAUUCUGAGUCUGUAUGAAUCAAAAAAAAUGUAAG